CUUGACCGUGCUCUCUCCCUCCUUGUCUCUCCUUCCCUGCUCUGCCUCUUCUGCUCUCAGUUCUUGUCUGCUUCUUCUGUUCUCGCUCUAGGUCAUGAGCCCAUCACAAGGGCGCCCAGCUCAAGUCGUUUAUGCCGACUGGGAGGAGGUAGCACAGGCCUUGUCAGCCGGCAUCAAGGCUAUCCAGGACAACCUCCCAGACCCCAUCGUCACCCUCGCCUCUAGUCAGGAAGAUCGUCCGCCACGAACGCCCAAUAGCUCUCGAGAUGCAUUCUAUAUUAUCCUCCCCAUGCUCAUAGUCUUAUCCACGUUCCUCUUUCUCCUGCUUCUCUUCCUGGUAUGCGUCAUUCUGUUGCGGCGACGACGGGGUAUCAUGCUCCGUGAUACCGAUGGACCGAUCGAUAUCAGCCGAGAGGACCUCAUUGAGGGCGAGGGCGGUUUUGAGGGGGUCGAGUCGAGAUGGCUGGAGACCGUCAGCGAAGCCGAACAGCGAGCAUACCUUCGUUCGAAAGAAUACCAGACGCAGUACCCGCCCAACUCCAUGCCGACGGACAUCACGUUGUCGCAGUUCCUGUCAAUCCAGGAGAAGGGUGUAUCAGCAUGGUCGUUCGAGCCUGAUUUUGAGGCUUUGUCGUCUCUGUUGGUCCACGCUCGUACUGAGCUCACGUUUCUUCCUGAUCCUGCAUCCGCAUCCUCGGUGCAGUCGAAUCUGCCGCUCCCUAAGCUCAACGAGGUGUACUAUUGGGAGGCGAAGAUGUUUGACCUUCCGGAAACAACCAACGUUGCCGUCGGGUUGGCAACGAAGCCUUAUCCCUCCUUCCGCCUCCCUGGUCUCUGUCGACACUCGGUGGCAUACCACUCUAAUGGGGACAAGUCGCAUAACUACCCCUUCACCGCGCAGGCUUGUGGUACCACCCUCAAAGAGGGUGACGUCCUUGGGGUCGGCUAUCGUCCCCGCUCUGGUACCGUGUUCUUUACGAAGAACGGGCGGAAGAUGGAAGACGCGUUUACUGGGUUGACUGCAUGGAAUCUUUUCCCUACCAUCGGCGCCGACGGACCGUGCAGCAUUCACGUUAACCUCGGCCAGUCUGGCUUUGUCUUCAUCGAGGCAAAUGUGAAACGGUGGGGACUUGCACCUAGCGUAGGCACGCUUGCGCCGCCUCCAGCUUAUGGUAGCGAGGUUGGCAGCAUCCUCCUUGCUGCAGGCGGUGAGAUCGUUCCUAACCGCAUCGGCGCCCCUGCAAGUCCUGCAGGCGGCUCGACCCGCUCUCGCCGCUCGCAUCGAUCCCGUCGGCCCCGUUCUGGUCUAUCCGUCAAUGCACCCAUUGAAUCUUCGCCGCUUCGUGACAGUCCUUUGGCGUCCCCUUCUCCUCCCAUGACUCCGCCCCCACCCAUCACUCCCAUCGAGGAAGAACCUGAAUCCCCAAUCGGCGCAGGACCUUCCAGUUCACGGAGGUACUUAUCCCCAACUGACCUCCCCUUCCACACGGCUCCCAAUGCUAACUUGCCCGCUUCCCCAACGCAAAGGGAUGCAGAUCCCGGUGCAGACGACAACGACUCUUCCGCGGCCUCCUCUCGGUCGCCCUCCCGCGGCCCUGCGGGUGCAGGUGCGAACCAGUUCAAUGUCCCCCGACCACAGCCGUUCAACAUCACUCAUGCACGCACGGGCUCGCGUUCUUCGGUUUCAGGUGCAGACCUCGCGAUCCAGGUGCACCCUCCCCCAGAAUCACCGAUCGCCUCGGACCUCCCUACUCCCGGUCCGCGCGACAUCCAUCUGCAGGCGUUAGCCCCCUCCUCGAGUCCUCCUAGUACCGGCCACAGUGCUCAUACUUCUGCUAAUAGUUCGGCGGCGCAGCUGGAGGCGAUGAAUAUCGCACCCCCUGCCUACUCCCCUCUCGACGCUUAUGCGUACCCUGACGGUGCGCAUAUUGACUUGCCCGCGGAGGUUAUCGCCGCUGCGCUGGAGAGAGGCUCGCUGCCUCCUAAUAUCAUCGGCACUGGGAAUCCGUCCCGGUCAGACAGGCACAGAAGUCGGCGAGAGAGGAGACCAUGAGUGUGAACUAGGAGGUCGUGUCGGAACAGGAGCGGAGAAGUCGGAAGUUCUGUUUAGAAGGGCGGAGUGUUUAUUACCUCGGGUUCGUCGCUGCUUGAUCAAGCUUGUAUUUCUAUGAGGGCGCGCUAAGCCGUGGACGUUGGCAGUCAGUUGAAGUCGAAACACCAUCUAGCACGCGCCUUGCAUUGUACUUGCAUCACACACCACCAUUAACAGUCACCAUUCUACUACCCCACCUCACGUUGCCCGCCUGCGCGUCCAUGUGCUGACUGGCCCACCAUCAUGCAUUCUGUCUGUUGUGUUAUUGCUACCUAUGAUAUUGCGUCCUCAUUGUCCC